ACACUUUGACUCAAUCUGUGCACACACAGCUGCAAUAGCUGCACUCACUGACAAACACAUUCAUAAGCUGUUCACAAACCACACCUCUCUGGAGAUGUCCACCUCUUCUGGCUUCAGUGCUGCUUGCAGAGACUGACAAACACAGCAUCAUUCAGGCAAAAAAGCCAUGCGACCUUCUUUCUCUGUGAGCCUUGAGCCCGGUUUGGAGAGAGGCAUCCCUUGGGGUCGUGACCUUUUCACCUUUGUGACUUCAGCGGCAGGUCACAUGAUGCGAACCCUUGAAAAACCACGAAAGAGCCGUCCGUCCAAACGGCAGGUCAACCAUCGCCGCUUCCUGCACAACAUGAUUCAGAGGAAAUUCGCAGACAUAGAAGCAGCGAACCACCGGCUAUCAUCGGCCCUUUAUGAUAAGGAUAAAGAAAAAAGCACACCAGCUCUUUCGGAGCCAGAAAGUCCCCCUUCAGAAAGAGGCUCUCAGCAGGAGACAGAUCAAUACAGUGUUUACACUGAUUUAGAGGGGAUUUCAGAGUCAAGGAGCGGCGCCUCUGAGGAGAGGGAAGAGAAGCAGUUGGAUGAUAAACAUCUCUGGACAACACGUCCUCAAAAAUCCACCUGCACGGCUAAGAUGAACAACCAUAAUAAAAUGAGACAAACUAAGGAAAAAAGAGGGAAAAAAGUUACUCCAUCCUCUUAUAUGAAUGACCAGAAUGAUAAAGACAGCUCUGAAGAAGUAGAGCUACUUCUGUCUGAAAAUCCCAACAACAACCAAAUCCAAAUGAAUCCUGUGAACAACAUUUCUGAAAACAAUCAAAGACUCCCCAAACAUCCCAGUUUCAUCCUUUUUGCCCCAAACGAGUACAGUUCUCCCCCUUUCUCCCCUGAGCUCUCUCCGUUGUCUCUUGACUCUUGUGAUUUCUCUGCUCAGAUGUUGAGCGACCUCUCUGGAUGCACACAGGAAACCAUCACAGAUGGUCUGACUGACGUAACCGAGCUCUACAGGGUUAGUAACCAGGACUCAGUGGGCUAUAUGGACGUAGAAUCCUACUUUGAACGUAUGUGUUCAUGCCAGGUGGAGGCUGGGUCAGAGGUCUGUCCGAAUGAGGAUACCAUGGUUGGAAACCUGACAGACGACUUUACUGGGUCGGAGAACAUGCAUGAAGAGGAGUGUAUAUGUAGCCAUGAGAACAGCUGUGAAGAAGAUCGAGGAGCAACAGCCGAUUAUUUCCAAAGUCACCUGAGGAGUUCACAACUACCAGGACAAAGCGAAUACCCUGACACCAAGCAGGCAUAUCACGGCAUGGAGGGAACCCCCAUCAGCCAGGAGUACAGCAUCACAGAGCUCCAGACGCAGGAGGGGAACUCCUGCAUGCUGGUAAACAGCCUGAACCUUACACCGUUUGAGGGAGUGGCUCAAUCUUUCCCUGUUCCUCCUCUUCCUCAUCAUGAGCAUCGCCCCAUACUAACACCUCCUCAUGAGGAUGACUGGCUGUUUCCUGAUAUCAUGAAGGAUAGAGACCCUUACCCUUACUACUAAAGCCACACUGGCAUGGAGAUAUAAAUCCAGGGCUAAGCUAAUAUCUAAGAGGAAACUUUGAGAACAAGUUAUAAAUAGCUAAAUUAAAUCCAUUACUGUUUACUGUCUUUAAAACAAAAUAACGUUUUGGAGAUUGUAAAACAUGGAUUGCAUGGAUAUUUUUCACACUGUUUUCUCAACCCACAGGAUGAGUAGUUCAUUGUAUUCACACCCCCCUGAGGUAGCCAAUGAAGGGAAGCUAAAAUUGAAGAAAUUAGAUCUCUCUUUUUAAUUUUAAUAAUCUCUCUUAUUAAUUUGGUAUCUUCUUAAGGAAGUUGGUUGCAGUUGUUUGAUUUACGGGUAUCAAAGUACAGGGGGGACAAAUACUUUUACUAGGUAAUGUAAUGGUUACAGGUAUGUCAUCCACAUUCAAACUGACCCUUAUUUACAGUAGCUUAAGUUUUCUUUGUCAGUAAGUAUAUAGGUUGGUUUUAAUGAUGUUUUCUCUCUUUGUUUUCUGUCCCUUGAAGCUUUGAAAGUCGUUAAAGCCUCAAUUUCUUACAAUAAAAAGUCAAAUUAAUAGAGAUGCUGUGACAGUGUUGUUUUUUCUUUUCCAGAUUUCUCAGCAUUUAGCAUCAGGUAGAUUUACAUUCUAUAUGUGUUUCUCUGAGUUUCACAUACGGUGCAGGCUGUAGAGUGCCAAAAAAAGAAAGUUUUUAAUUGGUCAAGACUUAUUGUUGAUCACAU